AUGAAGCUCUUCAACAAUGUUGAAAGCUUCAAAAGGUUUCUUCAAGGUCACGAAGAAUGUUCCAAAUUUCCAUUAUUUUCGCUUCCUACCGAAAUAAUUAUUCGUAUUUUCAACGAAGUACCUUUCAAUAUAGUCAACAGAUUAUUUUUGAGCUACAGAAGGUUACCUGAUGGUUCAAUUUCAAGUGACAACAAAGAAUUGGACUAUAUAGCGACAAGAAGUUACUUCAGCAGGAACUUUGGGUUUUCAAACUGCAAAAUAAAGAUAAAAGAUCCUCAUAUUGAUGAAAACAGUAUCAUUCUUCAAGAAUUUGAUAGUGUUCUCUUGUUUAAUGAUAUGCUAACUAUCCGAAAGCAUCUAGGAUACUGUUGUUCACCAUCAAAGAUAAUUGUGUACUUAAAAAUAGUAAGUUUAAGAGAUCAUCACAUAAUGACCGAGUUUCUAAAGCUCAUUCACAAACACUUCCGCUUUGAUGACAUUGAAUUCCAUUUCCAUGUCACUAGAGCGAAUUCUGGUGGAGACCACUUUGUUCAUUAUUUCAAAUUUCCGAAAAAUGUAAGGAGCUUGAGGCUCUUGAGGUGGGGUAAAUUUGACUCUAAGGUAUUCGCAUCACCUUGUAUAGAACUACUUGAGUUGGUUGACUGCAAGUCGAUAAGAAUUCUUAGCUCAUUUCCCAAAAAUCUAAAAAAAUUCAUUUGUACAUCAUCACUGAAUCAUAAGACACAUGUCAUAAUUGAUCCCAGCUCUUUUCCGGAAACAUUAGAGGAGAUUCAAAUUGGACAGAAGAUAGUACUAAGCAAUUGUGGUCGUCCAAUGCCUAGGCUCAAGAGUAUAACCAUAAACAACGCUUACAGCAAAACCAAGCAGUUUUUCAAUAUACAAAUUUUAGAAUCGAUAGAAGACCUAAAGAUAUCCAAGAUUCCCCUUAGCGUGGAACUAAUAUCACGCCUUACAAACCUUAGAAGCUUUAUGUUACUUGGCUACAAAAUACCAUCUUCCUUAUUAUGCUUACCAAAAAGUCUCACUGCAAUGUAUUUUUGCAGAUGUGAGAAUAUCAAUCUCAAGUUGAUUUCCUUUCCCCCAGGCUUGAAACAUUUGAUGAUUCCCCCAACAAAGAAGAAGACCUUCUUGCGUUCUAGUAUACCGUAUACUCUUGAGCAUUUGUAUUUUGAUUCAAAUUGUUCACGCAAUCCAAUUGCAUUGGCUGCGAAUGAGAUAGGAAUACUUUCAAUUUGCAAAAAGAACGAAAAGACAGCCAAAAAAUACCUCUACCUACUUAAAAAGAAAACAAAUAUGGAAGCUUCUAUAGAUUAA